CCUGGACUUGUCGUGACCGCUCACCUCACCCCACUCUCACUCCCUUUCCCACGAUGAUGAUGAUGGUGGUGGUGGUGUUGGUUUGGUCAAGCCCCUGCUCAAAGACGCCACCGUUCACUGCAUGUCCUAUCUGCCAGAGGACUACAAAGCGAUUAGCACACCACCAACAGAACUACCAAAGCGCAACACACUACUCGACGCGACGACGUCAUGGGCGCGACGGGUGUCAAUCCCCAAGAAAUAACUGAGAGAACGAAUGAGUCAUGGCGCUCUCCCGCCUGGCAACUAAACCAUACCAUGAACCUAAGACACUCACUCGCACACAGUCGGCUAAGUUUCAAAUUGUCCGCCAUGCACGAGCUACUACCUGCACAGCAUCCUUGUCUGUGCGAGCAUGGACAUUAGCAUUGGCAACAGCUGCGAUAAGCUAGAGCAAGUCGCGUAUCAGAGUCCACAAUGGCAUGUUCCUGAUACUCUUGUCAUCGCAUGGCACACGUGGAAAGGAAGAUUACUAUCCCCUAGUAGCAUGCAAGCCUGCAAGUUGGCUUCGGCUAUGUUGACAUUCCACGCGCACAUACACGGUUGCGGCAACGGCGUCGCUGGGCGUAAAAAAGAGAAGGUAGGGUUGCUUCAUUGCGAUGGUCAAACUUUGGAAUGGAAAUCCGCCAAUUUCAGUGACUGCGGGAUUUGUUCUGACUGGUGGUGGUGGGCUUGGCAAGUGGCGAGAGGAUUGGGGGUGGUGCUGACUGACUGACUAUUAUCUAACAGUAUAGUGGUAGAAGUAAUUGGUUUAAUUAUCC